AUGGCAAACGAAAAUGAAAAUGAAUUCUUAACCUCAACAACAAACAAUAAUGAUGAAGAAGGUACAAUAUUUAGUGAUGGAGACUAUUCAGAUGUAGACAUUGAUUAUAACCCGGAAAACGAAAAUAGUUCCUCUGACGACUCAUCUGAAAAUAAUGAAAACCAUCCUGAAAACGCCAAUCAAAUUGAACGUCAGACCGGAAAAAAAAGAGUUCGCCGAACUUCAAUGUGGAAAAGAGAAAGAGCAAAAAAAUUAAGGAACGAGGGAAAGAUGUACGUAGAUCGCAAACAAAAGGUACAUGGACCAAAGAUGCUUCGAGAGUACAACCAUCGAUGCAGGUACAACUGUAAUAAUAAUAUUUCUGAACAAAAUCGUCAAGCUCUAUUUGACGACUUCUGGAAACUUGGAUCUUGGGAGUUGCAAACUUCCUUUCUAAACGGAGCUAUUGCGUUAGAGCCUGUAAAGAGGAAAAAUCAAGCCGCAAUUACCAACAAAAAUAUUUCUUGUCUGUACAAACUUAGAGAGUUUAGAGUGUGCAAAGAAUUUUUUAUGAAAACUCUUGAUGUUUCCAAUAAACGGAUACAGAACUUGGUCAACAAAAAAAAAGAUCUUAUAUCUGGUGUAAGCCCUCGUGAUAAAAGAGGGAAAAAGGAGCCCAGCAAUAAAAUUUCUAAAGAACGUGUUGAUAUCAUUAAGGAGCAUAUAAAUUCAUUUCCACGUUAUUCAAGUCAUUAUUCAAGAUCAAAACACGUUACAAAAAAAUACUUGAACCCAAGACUCGAUUUGAAGACAAUGUACAAACUGUAUGUCAGUUUUUGUCAGGAUGUAAAGUAUACAGAGCCAGUUAAAGAAAGUUUUUAUAGACAUAUAUUUAACACUCAAUUUAACUUGAGUUUUCAUCGACCAAACACAGAUACUUGUAUAACGUGUGACAAAUUUCAAGUUAUUAUCGAUCAUGAAAAUGAUUUGGAAGUAAAACGACAGGCAGAAAUUCAAAAAGAGUUGCAUCUACGCAAAGCAGCUGCAGCCAGACAAGCUAAAGAUGAAUGGCAUCAUAAUGAUGACGAAACUAAAGUGGCUAUAUGUUUUGAUUUACAAAAGACUAUGCCAACACCUAACCUGUCAAAUUCUAAAGCAUAUUAUUACAGACAGCUUUGGACAUACAACCUAAAUAUACACAAUCUCACAACGGGAAAUGCACAGAUGUUUGUCUGGUAUGAAGGACAAGCUUCGCGAGGAUGUCAGGAAAUUGCAUCCUGCUUGCUAAAAUUUAUUAAAACCCUUCCUCAUCAUGUGAAGCACAUAACUGCUUUUAGCGAUAAUUGUGGUGGGCAGAAUAAGAGCCAUAUUAUUGUUAAAUUUUGGCUCUAUAUUAUAAAAAAUACACACAUUGAAAGUGUUGAUCACAGAUUUUUAAUUUCGGGACACUCUUAUAAUGAAUGCGACCAGGAUUUUGGCCUGGUAGAGCUUAGAAAGAAAAAAGUUCUGACAGAUCUGUAUGUUCCCGAACAUUGGGCAAAUCUAAUUGCAUCUUCUUGCCGCAAGUUUAUGGUAGUAACGAUGCAAGAUGAAGAUUUUGUUAAUGUAUGUACCCUUUUUCCAUAUUUUAAGAAAGCGGUUCAAGGAAUAAGAGAUAUGCAAUGGUUUCAUUUUGAAAAGAAACAUCCCUACACUUUGUUUUAUAAAAAUAAUGCAGCUAGUGAUAUAGGUUCAUUUUCAACUAUACAGAUGAAGUCCACAAGGGCCGGUCGAAACUUGGCAACAUAUCGAGAACUUUCUGUGGUGGCCGAAAAACCCAAAAUAAAAGCCUUAAAGUAUGCGAAUCUAAUGGAACUUUUAAUGUUUGUACCACCAAUUUACCAUGAUUUCUUUAAAAAUAUACCUUACGAAAAUGAACCAAAACGUAACGAAGUCCAAAGUAAUGAAGACGUCGAUGUAAAUGAUGAUAAUGUGUAUUCUACAGACGAAGAUUAA